CCCUUAAAGGGGUUGAGCAAAAAAGUCACCGCUUCCAAAACACUGAGAAACAAACAGAUCAGACUCAAUGGCGGCGGCUAAGGCUUCGUUGAAGAUCAAAGGGAAAGGAAAAGGAUCAAAGGAAUCGCCAUCAAAGUACGAGCUCUUCAAGGAUUGGACCAACUGGUCGCUGAAGAAAGCCAAGGUCGCGACUCACUAUGGAUUCAUCCCUCUCAUCAUCAUCCUCGGCAUGAAGUCAGAUCCAAAUACUCACCUUUUCCAGCUUCUCAGCCCCGUCUAACAACUUGGCUUAGAAAACAUCUUCGUAAUGUUUUAGUUGCUUUACUUUCCAAACUUUGUUCUGUUUUCUUUUUUAUAAUAUAUAUAUGAAAUUACUUAAGAGUUUUCUUC